CUUAAAAUGUACAAUUCCGGCUUUCUACAGGCACAGAAAGAGAGAGGGAUCGGGCGCGAGAUGGGAUGAUGUGACAGAACGGACUCUUACGGAUGAUUUCGGGUGUAUCUGAGCAGUUGUGGUGGCAGGGACGCGUUUCGUUUCGACCGGGGAUUGAUUUUUUGUGAAUGGGGAUUUCGUCGCAGGCCUCGGACAUCUGAUUCAUAUUCAUCAUCUGAUUAAUUUACUGUGUUUUUAUUCGUGAAUUGGCGAGAUGAAGAGGGUUAACAGUUUCCAGAGGUUUAUGAACACCCGGGCGAGUGCAAACUGCCGUUACCAGCCCACGUGUUACGAGCACGCGGCCAACUGCUACACCCACGCGCUGCUGAUUGUGCCGGCGUUCGUGGGAAUGGCUCUGUUACACCGGCUGUCAGAUGACCGCUGGGAGCGGAUCACGGCCUGGGUGUACGGCAUGGGUCUGAUCGCUCUGUUCCUCGUCUCCACGGUCUUUCACAUCAUUUCCUGGAAAAAGAGCCACAUGCGGACCAUGGAGCACUGCUUUCACAUGUGUGACAGAGUCGUCAUAUACUUCUUUAUCGCUGCCUCUUACACACCAUGGCUCAAUCUGCGGGAGCUCGGGCCUCUCGCUGCUCACAUGCGCUGGUUCGUGUGGCUGAUGGCGGCCGCUGGGACCAUCUAUGUGUUUAACUACCACGAGAAGUAUAAGUUAGUGGAGCUGGCGUUUUAUCUGACCAUGGGCUUCUUUCCUGCGCUGGUGGUGACAUCAAUGAAUAACACAGACGGGCUGUAUGAGCUGGCGUUCGGAGGCUUGGUCUACUGCCUGGGCGUCGUCUUCUUCAAAUCGGACGGCGUGAUUCCAUUCGCUCAUGCCAUCUGGCACAUAUUCGUGGCUCUUGCUGCCGCCAUCCACUAUUACGCCAUCUAUGAGUACCUGUACCACAGUCCCUCGCUGGAGGACAUCAGGGAUGUUUGA